UGAAACACACUCGCAGGUGGUGUACUGUUUUAUCAAAUUCUUCCCUUCAGAAUUCCUCUGAGGCUGACAGGUAUGCCUGCUCCCCACUUCCUGCAUACCUGGAGGGCUCUGGCUGUGUGGUAAAGGAGGAAGAAAACUCACAGAGACCGCUUCAAGAUGUCUGCUUUCAUCUUCUAAAACUCUACAGUGAUAGACAUUAUGAUCUCAACCAGCUGCUGGAGCCUCGAAGCAUAACAGCCGAUCCUUUGGACUAUCGCCUAAGCUGGCACUUGUGGGAGGUGCUGCGGGCUCUUAACUAUACCCAUCUCUCAGAACAGUGUGAGGGUGUGCUACAGACCAGUUAUGCUGGCCAACUGGAAAGUGAGGGGCUCUGGGAGUGGGCCAUCUUUGUCCUCCUGCACAUUGACAACUCAAGCAUGCGUGAGAAGGCGGUUCGAGAGCUGCUUACCCGGCACUGCCAACUAUUAGAGACCCCGGAAUCUUGGGCUAAGGAGACUUUCCUGACCCAGAAGCUUUGUGUGCCUGCUGAGUGGAUUAAUGAGGCCAAAGCAGUUCGAGCACACAUGGAAUCUGACAAGCACUUGGAGGCCCUCUAUUUAUUUAAAGCUGGACACUGGAACCGCUGCCACAAAUUCAUCAUCAAGCACUUAGCUUCUGGUGAGUGCUUCAGACUAGGGCCUGUGUCUCCUGGAAUCACCCCAAAUUCUUCCAACCCCAGAACCCCAUGAUUAGUCAGGCCAGAGAUGAUGUUCUGGAACUUUGCAGUCUUGAAUCAGAUUACACUUUACAAAAGU